AUGGACUCGGACGGUGUCCUCGGAUACGCGUGCUGCCUCGUCGCCGCGAUAUUCUUCGGCUCCAACUACGUGCCGGUGAAGAAACUCACCAGCCUCGGCGACGGCGUCUUCUUCUCGGUGUGCAUGACGCUGGGCGUUUUCACGGUUGGAGUGGUCGUUUGCCUCGCGCGAUCGUUUCCAAAGUUUGAAUAUCAAGCGAUGUUUGGCGGAAGUUUGUGGGCGAUUGGGAACUUGUGCGUGGUGCCGAUCGUCAAAUCGAUAGGUUUAGCGCUCGGGAUGAUGAUUUGGAGCGGCGCGUGCAUGCUUUCUGGGUGGGCGAGCGCGAGAUUUGGCAUUCUCGGAUUGGACAAAGAGGAGGUGUCGAUGCCAGGGUUGAACGGUUUCGGAGUCGCGUUGGCGUGUCUGGCACUGUACGUGGCGUCGAAGAUUGAUGGGACGACAAAUAGUAACAGUAAUAGCAGUAGUAGCAGCAACAGCAACAGCACGAGUGGUAUGAGAAGAAUCGACGUCGACGAAGAAAGGGAGGACAACGCGUUUUUGAAUAACAACAACGACGACGAGGACGAAGCGUUGCGUAAUGCGAGCAAUAAAAAACAGACGUUUGGCAUUACAUUAUCUCUUCUGUCUGGAGUCCUCUAUGGCGUGAACUUUAACCCGGCGGAAAAUUUGAGACUUCGGAGCGGUGCGCAUUCCGAUGACGCCCUCGAUUACGUGUUUUCUCAAUUUUGCGGCAUCUUUGGAACUACGCUCGUCGCGUUCGCGCUCCAUUACUUGCACGUCGUCCGAAAAGCCACGGAUAGAUAUCCCGAGCUUCGUCAAGAAACCAUAGUCCCGGCGUUUAUUUCUGGCGUCAUGUGGGGGAUUGCUCAAACCUCCUGGUUUGUCGCCAACCGCGUGCUCUCGAUGUCGAUCUCGUUUCCGAUCAUUAGCACUCUCCCAUCGGUCGUCGCCGCGUUGAUUGGCUACUUUUACUUCCACGAAAUGCGAGGCGAAAAGAACGUCCGGUUAUUACUUUCGUCCGGGGCGAUGCGAUUAGUAUCUGUCGUGUGCAUCGCCAACAGCAGGUGA